AUGGCGAAGCGCCCUCUUCAAACCGAGGCAAAUGUGGAACGUUUACCCAGCGAGCUGAAGAGGAGGAAAAAGAAGAACUCCCUGAAAGUCACUCCAGGUACUGUGAUCGGUCAGAAUAGCAAGAGCCGUCGUAACAUACCUGAUGGGAACGACAAGCGAGCUUCCGAUAGUCGGUAUCUUCCAACUCCAGAACUCAGCGCUCUCCCACAGUCAACAAUCGAUGAGUACCUUAGUUCCAACUCCAUCCACAUCGCUGAUCCAUCUACCGAUCCCUCACUGCGACCGAUAACUUCCUUCUCCUUCCUUCCUGAGUCUUCAAAUGAUCUGUACCUUCCGCUCGAAAAGUUUUCAUCACCCACUCCCAUUCAGGCUGUGUCCUGGCCAUUGGCCUUCGCCGGUCGGGAUUUGAUUGGAGUAGCAGAAACUGGAAGCGGGAAAACUCUUGCGUUUGGUUUGCCAUGCUUGCGGAGAGUUCUAGAGUUGAAUAAUUCUGAGACAUCCUGUAAACCAUGUGCUCUCAUAAUCACACCAACCAGGGAGCUUGCAGUGCAAAUAUACGAUCAACUUCUGAGGUUUAGUUCCGCCGUAGACGUGGGCAUUGCAUGUAUAUACGGAGGCUCCCCGAAAGACCACCAACGUCGAGAAAUAAGGAAUGCAUCUGUUGUGAUUGCAACCCCGGGAAGGCUGAAAGAUUUCCAAGCAGACCAAACGAUCAAUUUAUCAGGGGUUAAAUACCUAGUGUUGGACGAGGCGGACAGGAUGCUAGAUAAAGGUUUCGAACAGGACAUACAGGACAUUGUUAAGGGAAUACCUUCCACGCAGAAACGACAAACCAUUAUGUUUACCGCAACCUGGCCUAUAGGCGUGAGAAAUCUUGCUGCGUCGUUCACCAAAAACCCUGUGACUGUCACAAUUGGAGACUCAUCGGAUAUUCGAGCAAAUAAACGCAUCAAACAGAUAGUGGAAGUUUUGCAGCCUUACGAAAAAGAUAGCCGACUCCUAGAACUGCUGCGAAGAUACCAGGAUGGUGCGAAGAAUAAUCAUAGAAUUCUGGUGUUUUGUCUAUAUAAGAAAGAAGCUAUGCGAGUCGAGCGGUUCAUUGGCUCCAAAGGAUUCAAAGUUGCUGGCAUCCACGGAGAUAUGAGCCAAACUGAACGCUUCAGAAGUCUGGAGGCGUUCAAAUCCGGUUCCAUCUCACUCCUAGUUGCAACUGAUGUGGCAGCCCGCGGGCUAGAUAUUCCCGCUGUCAAGCUUGUGCUCAACGUAACAUUUCCCUUGACAAUCGAAGACUACGUGCACCGCAUCGGAAGGACGGGCCGUGCAGGUGCUGAAGGGCUUGCUAUUACCCUCUUUACCGAACGGGACAAGGCGUUAUCUGGCCCGUUAAUAAAUGUUCUUCGAGCGGCUGACCAGGAUGUGCCUGAGAGCCUUCUGAAAUUCGGGGCGACCGUGAAGAAAAAACAGCACGAAUCUUAUGGGGCAUUUUUCCGCGAAAUGGAUACAACAAAGGUAGCAUCGAGGAUCAAAUUUGAGGACUAA